GUCAAAAACCCUUAACCAUUAAGACGCCUCGCCGCGUUUCAAGCACUCGCGCUUACUCACAAUGGCGAGAUAGUCGCGAAAACGAGGAUGCAGCCGCACUUUAGACAUCAGACCAUUCAUUUCCUCUGACUUAUCAACGAUUCAAGCUCGAAACAACGGAAAUAUCUUCACGAAUCUGAUCAUGGCUCGCAUGGAGCGAAUAGCUGGCGAUUAGAUGGCAGUGGCUGGUGAUAUAUGCGGACUGGAGCGCUGCAACGUACACAUCGGCAGUGAACGGUGAUCAGCGGCGAUCAUGCUCGGACCCAAACGCAGUGUUUUGGACGGGACUGCAGCAGCGGCUGGUGUUUAAAAUAAAACGAAGGCAUUAAGAAAUAAAAGCCCUUACUGAUCCGGAGGUUUGAGUAAAAGCUGAAAUGGCAGGCAGAAGUCGCAGAUCGUGGUUCAGUGUGUUGCUGGGUCUGGUAGUUGGGUUCACACUGGCGUCCAGGCUCAUCCUGCCCCGGGCCACUGAGCUCAAGAAAGCGGGUCACAAGCGGCGGGCGAGCGGUGGCACGGGCGGCUGCGGAGGUGGAGGAGGGAUGAUGAUGAUGAUGAAGAAGGAGUAUGGAGGGGUGCUGAUGCCCAACACGGAGAAGCCCGCGGUGCCCCAGUCCAACAGUUUCCUGUUCGUGGGCGUCAUGACCGCGCAGAAGUACCUGAACAACCGUGCCGUGGCAGCUUAUAGAACCUGGGCCAAGUCUGUUCCAGGCAAAGUGGAGUUUUUCUCCAGCGAGGGUUCUGACACGACGAUCCCAAUCCCCAUUGUGGCUCUGCAGAACGUGGACGACUCGUACCCUCCUCAGAAAAAGUCCUUCAUGAUGCUCAAGUACAUGCAUGACCACUACCUGGACCAGUUCGAGUGGUUCAUGCGAGCCGACGACGACGUCUACAUCAAAAGCGAGAAGCUGGAGAGCUUUCUGAGGAGUCUGAACAGCAGCGAGGCCAUCUUUCUCGGCCAGACGGGCAUGGGCGCCCGCGACGAACUGGGCAAGCUGGCCUUGGAACCGGGGGAGAACUUCUGCAUGGGCGGCCCUGGUGUCAUCAUGAGCCGUGAGGUGCUGCGCAGGAUGGUGCCCCACAUCCGCCAGUGCCUGCAGGAGAUGUACACCACCCAUGAGGACGUGGAGGUGGGCCGCUGCGUGCGCCGCUUCGCCGGGGUGCAGUGCGUCUGGUCCUAUGAGGCAGGCUUUGAUCCUUCAAAGGAUAUUGGUGAUACCUGGCCAGAGCGCAAACAGUCUUGUCUGACCUCCGCUUUGGGCUCGCGGGUACUUGAGAUGAUUCCUGUGCUCAAUUUAAGCGGAACCUGGGCCAAGUCUGUUCCAGGCAAAGUGGAGUUUUUCUCCAGCGAGGGUUCUGACACGACGAUCCCAAUCCCCAUUGUGGCUCUGCAGAACGUGGACGACUCGUACCCUCCUCAGAAAAAGUCCUUCAUGAUGCUCAAAUACAUGCAUGACCACUACCUGGACCAGUUCGAGUGGUUCAUGCGAGCCGACGACGACGUCUACAUCAAAAGCGAGAAGCUGGAGAGCUUUCUGAGGAGUCUGAACAGCAGCGAGGCCAUCUUUCUCGGCCAGACGGGCAUGGGCGCCCGCGACGAACUGGGCAAGCUGGCCUUGGAACCGGGGGAGAACUUCUGCAUGGGCGGCCCUGGCGUCAUCAUGAGCCGUGAGGUGCUGCGCAGGAUGGUGCCCCACAUCCGCCAGUGCCUGCAGGAGAUGUACACCACCCAUGAGGACGUGGAGGUGGGCCGCUGCGUGCGCCGCUUCGCCGGGGUGCAGUGCGUCUGGUCCUAUGAGAUGCAGCAGCUGUUCUAUGAGAAUUACGAGCCGAACAAGAAGGGCUACAUCCGUGAUCUCCACAACAGCAAGAUCCACCGGGCCAUAACCCUUCACCCCAACAAGAAUCCUCCAUACCAGUAUCGCCUGCACAGCUACAUAUUGAGCCGAAAGAUCGCUGAGCUGCGCCACCGCACCAUCCAGCUUCACCGCGAGAUUGUGCAGAUGAGCCGCUACAGCAACACUGAGGUGCACAAGGAAGACCUCCAAUUGGGCAUGCCUCCUUCGUUCAUGCGCUUCCAUCCCCACCAACGUGAGGAGGUGCUAGAAUGGGAGUUCCUCACGGGCAAGUACAUUUUCUCGUCCUCGGACGGACAGCCUCCACGCCGAGGCAUCGACUCCUCGCAGAAGAUGGCGCUGGACGACAUCAUCAUGCAGGUAAUGGAGAUGAUUAACGCCAAUGCCAAGACGCGAGGUAGAGUCAUCGACUUUAAAGAGAUCCAGUAUGGAUACCGAAGGGUGAACCCCAUGUACGGGGCAGAGUACGUACUGGAUUUGCUGCUGCUCUACAAGAAGCACAAGGGGAAGACCAUGACGGUACCCGUGAGGAGGCAUGCUUAUCUUCAGCAGACCUUCAGCAAAAUUCAGUUCCUGGAAGAUGAGGAGAUGGAUGCCCGAGUGCUGGCUGCUAGGAUCAACCAGGACUCGGACUCGUUGUCCUUCUUGUCCAACUCUCUCAAGAUGCUCGUCCCUUUCAAGCUGAGCGGCCCAGGCGUCGAACAGCACGAACCCAAAGAGAAGAAGAUCAACAUCCUUGUGCCGCUGGCGGGACGCUACGAAAUCUUUGUGCGCUUCAUGGCCAACUUUGAGAAGAUCUGCCUCAUUCCCAACCAGAACGUCAAGUUGCUGAUUCUUCUUUUCAGCACAGACAACAACACAGAGCGUAUUAAGCAGAUCGAGCUCAUGAGAGAGUAUCACAUGAAGUAUCCAAAAGCCGAUAUGGAGAUCAAGCCGGUCUCUGGCCCUUUCUCCCGUGCUCUGGCCCUGGAGGUCGGCUCGGCCCACUUUACCAAUGAUUCCUUACUCUUCUACUGUGACGUGGACUUACUGUUUACUCCCGACUUCUUGACCCGAUGUCGUGGGAACACCAUUCUUGGGGAACAGACGUACUUUCCCAUCAUCUUUAGCCAGUACGACCCAAAGGUUGUCUACGCGGGCAAGGUGCCCAGUGACAACCACUACGUGUUCACAUCCAAAACGGGCUUGUGGAGACACUACGGUUUUGGGAUCGUCUGUGUCUACAAAGGAGACUUGGUCAAAGCAGGUGGCUUUGACGUCUCAAUCCAAGGUUGGGGACUGGAGGACGUGGACCUCUUUAACAAAUUCAUCCAGUCCGGGAUCAAGCUGUUCCGCAGCACGGACACUGGCAUCGUGCAUGUCCACCACCCCGUGGUUUGCGACCCCAACCUAGAUCCCAAGCAGUACAAAAUGUGCCUGGGCUCCAAAGCAUCCUCGCACGGCUCCACGCAGCAACUUGCCGAGCUGUGGUUGGAGAAGAACAACCACAGCUUCCAAAAGAUCUCAAACUCUAAUAACGAAUCAAUGAGGACAGAAUAGACCCCACAAGCGCACACCCAUCUGUCUUCCUCUUUAUGGUGUUUUUUAACUACCUUAUUUAUUUUUUACAGAAAAGACUUCUCUGGAUAUAUUUUGAAAUAAGUUGUUUUGUAAACUGUACAGGAGCAGGAAGACCCCUUCAGACUCGAUCUUUUUUUAGCAGCAUUACCGAUUGUUAAAAUAAGGAACACUGACGCAAGAGGAGCGACAACGAGAGAUCUAUUUUACGAAUUUAAUACUGAGCAUUAUAUUUAUGGCACCUCACGGACAGACUGCUGUGUACCUCACCGGAAAAUGUGCCGCAGUGGAGUUGAAGGAGUUUGGUCAUGGACAUGUGGUGUCUGGCGAAUGGUAAAUGUUUAUUUGUGAAUGUUUACAGAGAGCUUUGAACAAGUGAUUGAUACUUGGGAAAGGGGAUCUAUAAAAUAACAAUCUUAAUUGUGACAAUUAAGGGCCAUUGAUCAAAAGUUUAAUUUUUUUUUUGUCUUUUUCGUUUAUUUUUUUCCGUUUAUUUGUCUGGGGGGGAUCCAUAAUAACACUGUUUUGUUUCCAUUGAUUUUGAUUUAUUUUAUUGACUUCUGUGAAUGAAACUGCUGGAUGUACAUCUUUCCAACUCAUUCCCACUGUCUAAUUUAUUGAACGUUCGGUCUCGAAUGAUAUCGGACUGAGGUUGUGUACAUUUAGAGAUUGUAUAACCGUCUGUCAUGGAUAGCGUUUUCGUUCCUGUACGUUUUCCUCUCUCUAUCUCCAAUUACUUUGAUUACCAAAGACUUUUUUUGCACAGUUGCUGUAGGUGAUAAUUUUUUUGAGCGUGCUUGUGUAUGUGUGUUUGCGUGUAUGUGUCUGUCCGAACACAAGGAGGUGAAGCAGGAAAAACACGUGAAUUGUACUAUAGGAUGCAGGUACCAAUGACCAGAUUUCUAUUCUGCACAGCUCUAUGAAAGUAUGUCAACAAGCCACUUAACAAAAAUGAUGACAACUCUUUUCUCGUUCAAUUUGAUCCGAGUUUGUUUGCUCCGAUUCGUUAUUUAAUUUUUUAUACAGUUCCAUACAGGCCAUUCUCUUGUGAUCGAGCCAUGCACUCCACAGGGAAAUCGGCUUAAACCGCCGCCUCGCCUUCUGAUGUGAGGACCAAUCUCCCACAGUAGUCGUUUUAUUUUUUUUUUAUUUUUCUUCGGGAAGUUUUCAUACUUCAGUUCUCUGUUAGCCUCCAUACAACUGGGGCAAAUGUUUUAUAUUUAAUAAAAUGUUUAUCAAAA